UUCCCGGAAAUCCAACAAGUCGAAGCAGAGCAUCAUGUUGCUAAUGAAAACAAUGAUUAGCGUGAAGCUGACAUAACCACGUAUCAGAAGAUUUUUCUUGGUAAAUAUCAUGGAGCAGUACACGAUCCUAGGACGCAUUGGAGAGGGAGCACAUGGCAUUGUACUGAAGGCAAAACACACAGAGAGUGGUGAGGUGGUUGCCUUGAAGAAAGUCCCUCUGCGGAAUCUUGAUGAUGGAAUUCCAAACACAGCACUGAGAGAAAUCAAGGCUCUACAAGAGAUAGAAGAUAAUCCAUAUACGGUGAAGCUGCGGGAGGUGUUUCCCCAUGGGACGGUAAUCGUGUUGGUGUUUGAGUACAUGCUGUCCGAUCUGUCCGAGGUGGUGCGGAACUCGGAAAAACCUCUCUCAGAAGCCCAGGUGAAGUCCUUCAUGCUGAUGUUGCUGAAAGGGGUGGCCUUCUGCCACGAAAACAACAUCAUGCAUCGGGACUUGAAGCCAGCUAACCUUCUAAUCAGCUCAACCGGACAUCUGAAGAUCGCUGACUUUGGUCUUGCAAGAGUGUUUGAAAACAAACGUGACAGGCAGUACAGCCAUCAGGUGGCAACACGAUGGUACAGAGCACCGGAGUUGUUGUACGGAGCCAGGAAAUAUGAUGAGGGUGUGGAUCUGUGGGCUGUGGGCUGCAUUUUUGGAGAGCUGCUCAACAACUCCCCUCUGUUCCCAGGGGAAACCGACAUAGAGCAGUUGGUGUACGUCCUCCGCGUGCUGGGCACCCCCAACAAGGAGACGUGGCCGGGGAUGACGGACCUGCCAGACUACCACAAGAUCUCCUUCCCAUACAACCCCCCGAUCCCCUUCGAGAUCCUCCCCGACGCAUCCCCAGUAGCCCUGGAUCUCCUGAAGAAGUUCCUGGUUUACCCCACCAAGAAAAGGAUAUCGGCUAAGGAGGCACUCCUGCAUCCAUACUUCUUCACGGAGCCCCUGCCUGCCCAUCACUCCGAGCUGCCCAUCCCCCAGCGCACCCGUCGGAGUGGGUUGCAUCACAAGCAUCAGACCCACGAAUACACAAUGGACACUCCCCUGGAGGACUCGUUGCUGGACCCCGAACUGAUAGCACCUCAUGCCAUCAGGCUGAAAUAGAAGAUCAUCAGGCUGAAAAUAGAAGAUUCUUGUGGGACCCCCAGACUGAUAACAUGCCAUACUGUCAGGCUGAAAUAGAAGAUCCUUGAUGGACUUUGAACUAAUAGCUUCCCACAAUGUCAGAUUCAAAUUGAAGACCCUAAGUUAAUAGCAUCCAACACCCAGCAAAUCACAUGAUAGUUUCUACGCCUAGGGUGUAUGAUGCAAUGUCAUGUGAAUGCUGCUCCUAACACCCCACCUUCCCACCAAUCAUAUUACAUGGAUGAUGGACUGCAGUCAGUUUAAUGAAUUGCACUGUGAACUGUUAUUUCACAACAUAUUUCAUGACUUAUCUUUCUUUGGUGGAUGGUAAGGUAAGAUGUUAUCUAACUGGGUUUUAUUCUCUUCUUGUUAUGAUGUACAAUUGAGAAUUGAAAAGGACAAAAGAUGGCAAAGAAUGUCCCCAUCCUCCUUAUUAUUUAUAUCAUAGUACAGCUGUUCAUUACAGUGCUGACAAGUCAUCAAUUUGACCAGACCUACCUUGCUUUGCUGGUACUUGUAGUCCAGUACCCCUGAAGAUCUUGGGUUAGAAUUGGUCUUCAGUAACCCAUGCUUGUCGUAAGAAGCUUACUAACAGGAUCGUGUGGUCAGGCUUUGCUGACUUUGUUGACACAUGUCACCAAGGUGUGCAUAUCUGACUCUGGAUUAUUACAGACCACUUUCAUAUAUAGCUGGGCAUGUGAUGAGAGACACUGUUAAACAUAGAAAGCACUGUUUAACAUGAUCCAGAAGAAUGUUCUGUUGUGCAAAUGGUGUACAGAGAAUUUUCAUUAAUACCAGGUUAACUUCUAUAAUUAUGAAUAUCUGAACCUUCAAGCUGUGUUGUCAUUAAUCCAUAUCCGCUUGAAUUAUCAUAUUUCUUGAAAAGAUUUCUUUCAAUUGUAUGGCAAGGCAAUUUUCAUGAAUAAAAAUUUAAAAGAAACUGU